AUGAGAUCGUUGGUGGUGUUGUUCGCUCUUGUGGCUGUUGCCGUGGCUGCUCCCAGUGCAGAGAAGAGAUCAGUGGAGCACCUGGCGGUGGCGUACUCCGUGCCCGCUGCGGUGUCGCACCAGUCUCGGGUGGACGUGCACUCGUCCCCUGCCGUGGUAGCCCCAGUGGAGGUUGCUGUAGUUGCUGAGCCUGUGGUUGCAGCGCGCACUGUCGUCGCCCCUGCUGUGUACACUGGCGCCUCAGCUGUGUCCCACCAGUCCCGUGUCGACGUGCACCAUUCACCAGCUGUUGUCACUAGCUACGCCGCGCCAGUUGUCGCUGAGCACGUCGUCGCUCCCGCUGUGGUGGAAGCUCGUUCCGUGUACGCUCCCGUAGCCACCGUAUACUCCGGCGCCUCCGCUGUGUCCCACCAGUCUCGUGUGGACGUAAAGUCUUCGCCAGCUGUAGUGACCCAGCACGUAGUGCCCGCUGCCGCUGUAGUCGAAGCUCGCUCCGUCUAUGCUCCUUCUGUAUACGCUUCCUACUGGUAA